AUGAAACUGUCCGUGGUAUUGUUACUUCUGCCAAUAACCUUCGGAGGGGGGGUUACCUUACACAAGGUUAACACGUGUCCAUGGUGGCAAAGAAAAAAUUAUGAAAUUGAAAAAUCAUUCUUCUUAAGGAGCGCCCCUCCUCCUUUACGCAAAAAGAGGAAUCAGCUCCGACAGUACAACCACGCAGAGAAUAAUAGCUACACAAAUAUUUACACAAUUAAGAACCCAUUAAAAUGUAAAGUAGUGGACAAGGUAAGCCUGGUAAGACAAAAUGCUCUACAUGAGGUGUACAAUGUGGAAAUAGACCAUGGGGGAAUGUUUAAAUAUUUAGAGGGACACUCAUGUGGAGUGAUUCCUUAUUAUGAGGACUUGAUUCAAGCAGAUGAUAAAAAUAACUCCCAGGAGGGAAGAAAAAAAAGAGGGAAUAAAUUCGCAAGGCUCUACUCCAUAUCCUCUACCAACGCAGAAAAUCUGUCCUUUGCCAUCAGAAUUCAUUCCUAUCAGGAAGAAGAAAAUGGAUGCAUGCAACAUAAGUAUGGAUACUGUUCAGGCUACAUAAAAGAGUUAAAGAAAAAUGAUAACAUAUAUAUAACGGGAGCACAUGGAUGCUUUCUUCUUCCAGAUAAUGUAUCCGAGAAAAACACAAAUUUAAUUUUAAUUGCAACGGGAACGGGUAUUUCUCCUUACAUUUCUUUUUUAAAAAAAAUAUGGGGAUACCAACCAGGUAUACAUCAACAAAAAAAAACCUACAAUGGACAAGUCUAUCUUUACUAUGGUGUAUACUAUGAGGAUUCUAUUCUAUACCUUCCGGAAUUGAAAUAUUUUCAGAACAUGUACCCGAAUAAUUUCCAUGUCGAGUAUGUCUUCUCCUCUAUUAAAAAUUCGGAUGGCACUUCUCAUCAUGUGCAGGAUGAAAUAUACAAAAAGAGAGAAAACUUCCUGCGCCUUUUUAAUGAACUGAAUUGUGAACUUUAUAUAUGUGGCCAUAAAUCCAUACGGGCCAAAAUUAUGGAUAUUCUUAAGGGGGAAAAUCCUGUACUUGACUCCGAGAAGAAGAAGCGCGUUCACGUUGAGGUAUACUAG